GAAAGUAUUGAAUAAUGUUUUGUUGAGCAGGGUAAGUGGGAGCAGAAUCAUGGCUACGGCCUGCUUGUCAUCAAGCUAUGAAAGACCUGUUCUCCAAUUGUAGGAUGAAGAAGCAUUCUUAUAAUUUCUAGAACGGCAAGUGCACCAUUUACCUCACCUGCCCAUAGAAAUCUUGUAUCUCAAGGGAUGCUGAUACAUCCCUCUUAAGAAUUUAGUUGACAAAAAUGCUUCAGCAAGGAAAUAGUUUUAAAUUACCAUAUUCAUCAACAGGGAUCAUGCUUUAGGUCCUGCCGCUUAGCAGGUUCGUAGAAAUGUGGAGGAUUCUGAAGAAUAUCUGCGACAGAAGGAAGGAAGAUUUCUUCGUCAUUCUUGUUGUUUGAAGUUCUUGUUAGCACUGCUUGGCAUUUCCCAGUAACUGAUCAUCUACUUCACAGGGCUGCAUUUGUAUCCAGACUCAAAUGCAGGCCAAUUACAGGACUCUCUGAGUGAGGUUGAUUUCGGCUGCUGGUCCAUCACAAAAUUGAUAUGAUACGAGUAUCAAACGCCGGACAACCUGAUUAGCAAAGAGUGGUGCAAAACCCUUCCAAUUCAACCCCGAAGGGUUUUAGACUGCGAGAACAAAGGAGACUGAAUGAGUGGGGCACCCGAUUUCUUCUACCGAGAGGCGCAACGCCUUGGCUAUGUCGCUCGCUCUGCCUUCAAGCUACUUCAGAUGCAGAAGCAAUACAAACUUAUAACACCCGGUUCGUCCGUUCUUGACCUCGGCUGUGCCCCUGGUGCUUGGCUUCAGGUAGCUUGCCAGAGUUUGGGUCCGCUUAAAAGUGGUGGGGUUGUUGUAGGCAUUGAUCUUAAGAAGGUGAAGGUUCCUCCUCGUCACUGUGAUGCGAGGGUUCAAACUGUUUGUGCCGAUGUCAUGAACCUCACCAAAGGCAAAGUUAAGGCACUCUCUCCUCAGAAAGGGUUUUCUGUAAUACUCUCGGAUAUGUGUCCCUUAGUUUCGGGAAUUACAACAAGGGAUGCAGCUUUAUCAGUUGAGUUAGGGAUGCGAGCACUUGAUUUGGCUGUUGGUGGAGCUGCAUUACCGGAUGAGAAACUGGAUGGUUCAAUCUCUGAUACAGAUAAUAAUGGUCUAUUGCACCCAGGGGGCCACCUUGUAAUAAAGCUUUUAGAAAGUGAAGAUGUGCAAGAAUUCAGUCGGAUAUGCAAGUCGCUCUUCAGAAAGGCAUCAUGGCUAAGGCCUAAAGCUACAAGAUCUUCAUCCAGAGAAAUUUAUUUGAUAUGUCAAGGUUUACAAUCGCAUGCCAGGAUGUAGUUUUUUGGUUCAAUAUUUGCUUCUUGCGCAGAUGGAGGCAACCAGAUUUCUGGAAGGAACAUAGAUUUCUGGAAGGCUCAUGAAAUCAUAUUUUGUUUCCGUCAUUGUUGUGGGAAAUGUUUAGGAUUUUAUUAUAACCUGCAAUGCGAUAUUUGUUAGCCCAGUCACUGUUAAUUUUAUUCAAAGUUUAAGAAGAUUGAGAUGCCAAA